UGACUGUAUCACAUGGCUGAGUAUUUCUUCAGAAAUACAUACAACAUCUCUUUGUGAGUUGUGGACCGUGUGCGGCGUGCGCUGAGGAUCUUUAAACCAGAAACACUGCCAUUAAUUGAUUAUGCCUAGUGAUGAUACCAUUAGAUUUUGUAAGCAUGCUCGUGCUGAGGAAUGGCGGAAUGUGUUUGAGUUAUACGAUAAAGUAUUAGAACUGAAAGCUGACAAAAUUACCAGACCAAAAGGAAAAGAGGAACUAAUAGAGCUUGACAGAUGGUGUCAAGAAGAACUUCCAAUUAUGAUAAACAGUCGUGAUGAUAAACACAUAACACACAAAGAAAUAACAAAACUGAUGAAAUGGAAACUGAAUAGAGGUAAGUUCCGACCCCGUUUAGCAGAGUUAAUACAAACAAACAGUGAAGAAGCUGUUGUUAAUGCCAGUAAGAAAGCAUUCCAAUGUUUGCCUGAUUUAACGGCUGCUAUACAAGCACUGACUGUUCUUAAAGCAGUGGGACCAGCUACAGCAUCUGCUGUGCUAGCUGCAGGUGCACCAGACCAAGCUGCAUUCAUGGCUGAUGAAAGUAUGUUAGCAUUCCCAGAAUUAACACCAUUGGAAUACACAUUGAAGCAGUACAUGAGAUACAUAGAAGUUGUUAAUAAAAUUGUUAAAAGACUGCAUAAAGAAGACCCAGAAACAAGAUGGAAUCCACAUAGUGUUGAGCUGUCGCUAUGGACGCAUGUAGUAGCAAGUCAGAUAGACUGUAGUCUCCUAGAGGAAACAAAGAAGAAACGGAAAACUGAAGAAGACAAUAAGCCAAGAAAAAAGAAACAGAAAAAGAAAUGAUUUUAUAUUCGUGUAUUUUCUUUAUAAACUUCUCUUCAUCCAAGUAUGUGUGUUGACAGUCUUGCCAUUUGUCAGUCUACAAUCAGGCAGUGGAGUUGUAUAGCGGUCGAUGUAAAUACUAUGCAUAAUGUGUUCUCUUAGAUAGUUUGUAUUUCUUCUAUUGGGCCAAACAAACAAAUUUUUUUGAUCAGCGUGCUUCUCAGUUCAAAAGGGGGGCUGGUCACAAUUUCUUUUCUGGCUUCUGUCAAAUUAUUGUGAAACUGAACAAAAACUCGCAUGCCAACACAACACUUUUUUUUUUUAAAUAUCUCAGGACCAAAAUCGUUUUUUUUUUAAAAAACCAUAGCCAGUGACAUCCCUAAGUGAAUCCUGACAAUAAAGGGAGGUGCUGGACUGACUCUCAGGUGAUAGGUUGUAAGUAUGCCAGGUAUGACUGGCAGGUAGUAGGCAGUAAAUUACAAUGUUACAGGAGUGUUCCUAUGGUAAAAAUAAUAUUUAUAAUAAAUGAUCCAUUAUAAAGCAAAUGUGAUCUGUGCAUACGUUUACAAGGUGAUGCAUCUUCAAUGGCAGGCACAUUUUCCCCUUUUUUUUUUUUCAAAACACAAGAAAUUUUACCAGAGAGAUUCAACCAAUAGGAUUGCAGUAUUAAUUGUGGAACUUCAUAGUUUGAAAUAAAUACUGGAAAUGAUUGGUCAAUAUUAUUAGUGCGCUGAUUUGAAAGAACUACAAAUUUUUGAUAUUGAGAGAAAGGUGGAAUUCAUCAAGUCCUGGUCUGGAGGCCAUUUUGAUUUGAAAAAUUAAAGAACAGUGACAGGGCAAAACUGGAAAAUUCUUCUGUCAAUUGUGUGUACGCGGAUAAGAGGUGGACUGUUAGAAACACCAGGUGAUGGCAGAAACUAACACAAAGUGGAGAGGAAAAAGAUAUUUUUCAGCGUUCAAUAACAGAAAAAAUAAAUUCUGCAUGUUCGUUUUUGUGGAAAAAAUAUUACACACAUUACAAAUUCAUCAUUGAAAAAAAUAUAUUUUGCAUAGUUUUUCACCAUCCUCCAGCUUUUAAUGUUCCACUCGUGUCAACUUUUACCUGAUACGAUGAAUGUCAAAUCAAGGUUGUAAGAAUUAUCAAAUCAUGUUAUUUAAAAUUUUGAUGUCCAUUAUUCUUGGCAAGACUGCCCUCUAUGACAAGAAUUGUUUCUUGCCAAUGUAUGGAAGACAUUUUUGUUCUUAAACUUGUAAAGGAUUCAGUCUUUUCAGUUGCUGCUGUUAUGUAAUGCAGGAGAUAUUCAUUGUUUGGGGCACAGAAGGUAUACAUGC